GGGAGUGAAGUAAGGAGCCUCUUCUUCGGACAUCAUUCCUCAGAUCGGACUGAUGAUCUAAGCUACCAACGGCAACAUUAGAGCUGCCCGGCAGUGCAAGCAGGAGCCAUGGCUAGAGGGCUCGAGGACCUCCCAUAUCACUUGCCAGUGCAGAUACUGGUAGUCUCUAGCCUUGGACUACAAGUCAUCCUCUUUCUCUGCGCCGGAGCCCGUCGGAGGGAAACCUUCAGCGGCGUUCCGGUGCGGGUGAUACUCCUCUGGCUAGCAUACAAUUUCGGUGCCAUCUUCGUUACAAUUACCCUCGGCCGCCUUUCCUUGUCUAGCUCCACGGGUAACCACCCGCUUGUCACAUUAUGGGCACCAUUCCUCCUCCUGCACCUCGCCGGACCAGACAACAUUGCCGCCUACGCACUGCAAGACAACCAACUCUAUCUUCGCAGCCUGCAAACAUUUUUUACCCAGGUCACCGGAGGAGGAUACUUCCUUUACAAAUAUAGAAACAACAGCGGUCAUUUACUUUGGCUUGCCUCCCAAUUGAUGUUCAUUGUGGGUGUUGUCAAGUACGGGGAGAGGUGGCUGGCGCUGAAGAGAGGCAACCUCGGCAGCAUCCGUGAAUACCUAAAGAAGCAUCCCCCUGCCAUGUAUAGGCAUGUUCACGAACAAGAUGUAGAGUUGAAGGACGAGGAAUCCAUUGUCCGACGAGCUCACUCGUCGUUCCACAUUUGCAAGUGUGGGAUGGUCGAUUAUUCAUCCGAAAUAAAACCGGGAAGCCAGAGUUACAUGGGAAAUAUGAACCAUCUGGGAAACUGGGCAGCUGCAGAGAUACAACUCUCCUUGAUGUAUGACAUCUUGUACACCAAAGCGGCUGUGAUCCAUACCUGGCACGGCUACACCAUCCGGGCCAUCUCGCCACUCGCCAUUUUAACCUCGCUGCUUCUGUUCCAUUACAGUGAGGAAGAUAGGGAUAGUACAGAAGUUGUUGACAUUGCUAUCACAUACCUUUUGUUUGGCAGUGCUUUGUUCAUGGAGUGGGUUUCCCUGCUGAACGCGCUGGGGUCAUCAUGGAUGUUUACCACCCUAAGUAACACGAGCAGCACAUGGCUUAGGCACAACCUUUUGUGUAGUGGGCGAUGGGACCGGCUUCGUCGUUUGGUUCUAUCUCUCAACCCCCUAGUCACUCAUGGAGCAAGGAGGUGGUCUGGAAACAUGGGACAGUACAACAUCUUGCACUUUUGCACUCGCCCUAACUCUUCCCUCAACCGUCCUCUGCUCGGCAGAUUGGCUGAGCUGGUGGGAUUGGAAGAGUUGUGGAACAGGAAGCAUUUCUCCGGGGCAAUUAGAAUAUCGGACCAUGACUUAAUCAAGGUGUAUAUCAAUAGCCACAAUGAACUGCUGUACAAUGAAAAGUUGAUAAACACACUGGGAACGACUAAACAUCUGUGGGGCAGGACAACGAUACUAGCACAUCCUGACGAGGUAGAUGUAGAGGAUUUUGAAGUUACCUUUGGUGUUGAGUUUCAGGAGGCCAUCAUUAUCUGGCACAUCGGCACGGAUUUUUUCAUCUCCAAGUGCAAGAUGAGUACGGGUCCUCUUGUGGACACGAUUAAGGCGCUGUCGAAUUACAUGAUGUUUCUUCUCGUUGAACGCCCCUACAUGCUGCCAGGCAUCGUCCAAAACAAGUUGUACGACCGGACCUGUGAAGCUAUCAAGGGUGUGAGCCAUCAACCAAAAAGUAUUUAUUCUAUGCUUAGGAGUUUAUUCCGAUGGCACGAUGGGCCAGCCGCUGGCUAUACUUCCAGGGCGAUCGACAGUAAGAAACAUGCAGAAAAUUUGUACAAGAAGUAUGUCGCCCACAAAAAUUUCAGCUACGACACUGUGCGGCUAAAUUAUUCAGCUAAAGUUGCGAAGGAGAUGCUGGAAUAUGAGAUAAUAUAUGGCACUACUAAGUCAUUGGAAUUUGUGCUCGAGGUGUGGACAGACAUGCUCGUCUAUGCGGGCAACAGAUGCAGCAGGGAGUCGCAUGCAAAGAAGCUCAGCAGUGGCGGCGAGUUGACAACCAUCGUGUGGCUAAUGGUGGAGCACUACCACCAGGCUUUACUCGUCAACAGAGCUUCUCUGGAGGAGGCAACAAGCAAGGAGGACGACAGAGUAUAAACCUAGCUAGUCCCUUCUUUUCAUUACCUGAAGCCAUGUUGAAGUGUAUGUUACAGCUUAUCUUUUGAAUAAUAUUGUUUCACUACUGGAAUUUUCGUAUACGCCGGGUGUCAUGGUCAUUGCCGAGAGCCAAACCAUGGGCACUCGGCAAACAAUUAUAUGCCGAGAGCCACCCUCGGCAAA